AUGGACUGCGCAUCCGUGCAGGACGACGAUGCUGCCUGGCUGCAGCAGCUGGGCGUCCCGCGCCUGGAGGACCAGUUCAUCCAGAAGUACCUCGACGGCCGCGACAAGCUCGUCCAAGAGGAAAAGAAACAGCGAAGCGACCGCUUCUUCCGCGACAGCCUGUCGCCCACGGCCUUCGAGGCCUGCUCCAUUGUCGAUCAGAUUCGCUUCGAAGAGCAGCAGACCCUAUGGACCAAGGACUACGAGAACAGCCUGGCCGACGACGGCGAUGUCUUCCCCGGCAUGAUGUUCUCGCUCGCCAAGGAGCGCAUGGAGAGGAGUAAGCUCUGGCAGAUUGUGCGCCGCAUGCCCAAGGGCGCCCUGCUGCACUGCCAUCUGGAGGCCAUGGUCGAGCUGGACUGGAUGCUGGACGAGGCCUUCAGCCUGGACGGCAUCCACGUCUGGUCCGACAGGAGUCUUUCCAAUCCAGCCAGUCUGGCCAAGGCUCCCUUCUUCUUCACCUACACCAAGCUUUCCAAGCAGGGGAGCCCAUCCAUAUGGUCAGAUGCCUACCAGCCGAAGACGCCCAUUCCUUUGGAAGCUGCUGCCGACUCCUUCCCCUCCGGUGGCCGCGCCGGCUUCAGAGAAUGGGUCAAGUCACGCACCAUGAUCACGUCUGACGAAUCCUUGAAGCAUCACUACGGCGUCAAUGAUGUAUGGCGCAAAUUUGCCUCGUGCUUCCCUAUCCUUGCAAGUCUGAUCUUCUACGAACCCUUUUUCCGCCGCUAUGUGCGUAAGAUGUUCGAAAAUCUGUACGCCGACGGCGUGCAGUGGGUAGAUGUGCGGGCAGUCUUCGUCAAUCCUUGGCGACCGGACAGAUCUGAGGAAGUUGCGCCCAACCAUGAUGGAUUCUUCAAGGCGUUCGGCGAGGAAGUGGAAAAGUUCAAGGCUUCAGCAGAGGGGAAGGGCUUUUGGGGUGCUCGUUUCAUCUGGACGACGCCCAGAGUUCUUGACAAGCGCCGGGUUGUUGAAAGUAUGAAGUGCUGUGUCGAGAGUAAGGUCAAGUUUCCCGACCUCAUUGGAGGUUACGAUCUGGUGGGCCAAGAAGACACUGGACGACCACUUCAAGACCUCCUCCCCGAAUUGUUCUGGUUCAAAAAGCGCUGCAUGGAGUCUGGCGUUGACGUGCCAUUCUUCUUCCAUGCUGGCGAGACUCUAGGAGACGGCGACACUACUGAUGAAAACCUCUUUGAUGCCGUCCUCCUCGGCACAAGACGAAUCGGUCACGGUUUCUCGCUUUUCAAGCAUCCGCUCCUCAUCGACAUGAUCAAACAGAAAAAGAUCCUCAUUGAGAGUUGCCCCGUGUCGAAUGAGGUGUUGCGCUUAACCGGCUCCAUCAUGUCACAUCCGCUUCCAGCACUACUCGCGCGCGGCGUGAACGUCUCUCUCUGCAACGAUGACCCGUCUAUCCUGGGCCAAGGAACUAGUGGAAUGACGCACGACUUUUGGCAAGCGCUUCAGGGCUGGGAAAACCUCGGACUUGCUGGUCUUGGAUCCUUGGCUGAAAAUAGUGUGAGGUGGGCAAAUUUCGAAGACUGUUCUCAGAAGGAGUGGCAAGAAGAUAUCAAAAUCGGUGCUCUUGGAAACGGCGUUCGAGCACAGAGGCUGAAAGAGUGGAUUGCAGCGUGGGAAAAAUUUUGUCAAUGGGUGGUUGAGGAGUACGGUGUUGACGAGGACCUCAACCCUAAGGAGUAA